AUGAAUUUAAAUUCGGAAUUAUUCCGGCUACCGGAGCGUUCAUCGGGGCAGCACAACAUGACAAUACGAGAACUUUGUGAUAACGAUGAUAUGGCAACCAGCGUUAUCGUUGAUCCGAUUCUCGGUUUUCGCACUCAUAAAAUGAGUCUUCAUUACCGUCCACCACAACACGAGGAACAAAUCGAAUUGAAAAACAUAUUGAGGAAAUACAAAGAGGAUCAGGAUUUGUGCAGAGCGAUUCAGGAUAUUUUCCAUGUGAACGCAGUAACAAGAUUCUUGAAACGACGAACGUUAAAGCAGCAGCUUGCUUUCCGAGAUCACCUUUUGCGAUUUAUGCGAAUGUUUUCCAACGAUUCCGGUUUUACAGUUCAAGCAUGUCAUCGCUACAAAACGGAAAAUCGCCUUGGUGGAAUGCUAGUUGCUACGAAGUCAUGGCAAAAAGGUGAUGUGAUUGGCAGUUUAGUGGGUGUUAUUGGCGAUCUCAGCCACGAAGAAGAAUCCCAAUUACUGCGAAAAGAUGUCAAUGAUUUUUCUGUCAUGUAUAGUACAAGGAAACAACGAGCUCAGUUGUGGCUUGGUCCUGCUGCUUAUAUUAAUCACGACUGUUAUCCCAAUUGUAAAUUUGUCCCAAAUAGCUACGCCGCGGUUGUACAGGUGCUGCGUGACAUUGCUUUAGGGGAAGAAAUUACUGCUUAUUAUGGUGAUAACUUUUUUGGUGAUAACAAUAGCCGCUGCGAAUGUUUGACUUGUGAGCGAGCUUGCAAAGGUUUUUUCGCAACUUUGGUGGUAUCAGCUGCUUCGUUGGAAAAAAAUAACGAUGAAUCAAAAGAAUCCGGUAACAGUUAUAAAUUUCGUGCAACCGAUUCGAGGCUUUGUCGUUAUAUGCUACAAUCAAAUCAGCUGAACACGAGAAUGACGCUUCGUCGACGUACUAUUGCUGCUUUGCGGGAUGUACCUCAUCGCUUCUCAGCUGAAGAUAUGUGGUUCUUUGUUUUAGGACAUAUGUUUAAACUUCAAACGGAUGGUUCUGUGAGUCGUUCGAAAAAAAGGACUAGGAAAAUGAAUAGUGGUCACUGUAUUAACAGAAAUCAGCAGAGACUUAGGCGUACUAUAAGAACGCCUUCCUCUACGUUUUUGUCUUCAUCGCCAUGUUCGGCUGAUUCUAAUAUUCAAGCUUGGAUGAACACUUCACCGUACGUGAUUGUGAAUAGUACGAAAGCAGAUAGUUCUAGAGUUGGAAAGCAUUCGCAAGAAAGCGAUUUGAACACGUCGAGUAAUUUGGUCCGGAGAAGAAAACCUCGUGUAUGCCAAACUGUAAAACAAAGGAAAUCAGCAAAAAAUGGGUCUACACAACUUGAUCGCUCUAGCAGGUUGAAUAAUCGAACGUCUAGCCAGUUGAGCUGUGGAAAACCGCAUACAUCACAAAACGGUUUGCAAAUUCUUGCCGCUGUUGCGACCACUAUGAGCUUUAUUGAUAGAUCUCAUUUGAUGUCUUUAUCACAAGAUUCCCUUAACUGCAUUGGUGACAUUGACGACCAUGACGUUAAAAGUGAGCAGUACUCUGAUGACGAUGUGGAACUUCGAUCAGCUUCUAAUUAUUACAACGGCUGCAAUUUUUCUUUGAGUGGCAGUGCUACAAAAGUUAUUGAAAAUUGCUCACCUUCUGGAUCCGAUAGCUUGGAAGAGGUCGUUAAUUGUUCCAAAUCAUAUGUUUCGGAAAAUCAUGAUCUGCUUUCAACUGUUUUUGAUGAAAAUGGAUGCUAUGACCAUGAUAGUGAUGGUUAUGAUGACGUUUCUGAAACUGGUUUAGAUAAUGACGUGAGUUACAGUAAAGCGGAAAGACCUGCAGAUGAAAUCCAGUACAAUGAUGUUUCGGAAGCAAAUUUAGAUCAUAUUCACAGGAGACGCCGAAUCAAAGUCCAUCCUUAUUAUAAAAUUGCGUUUCACAGUCUAUUGACGCCUACUUCUGGAUAA